AUGACUUCGCCAAAUGGGUCAAAGGGGGCUCUCGUCGAGAGUCUCCUAAAAACCGAUCCCAAAUCACAAGAAGAGCUGGAGAAAGCUAUAGCAGAGAAGCAUAUGGGAUAUGCUUUAGAGGCUGCGCAGAGAAAUGGAGAGCUGAUUGGCAAUAAUUCCACAAAACCGGUCACAAUUUCCUCGAUUAAACUCCUUGGGCCCUCGCACACGAGGCGGUCAUUCCUCGACGGAAUAUUCGACCCUCUGCUUAGUGCCAACAGAGAUGGGCCAUAUACAUUGUCGGAAGCAUUGCAGGAACUCAGCACAGCUACAAAUAAACUCCGUCGACAUGGAAUUUUCCACGAUGAUAUCUCGAUGUUCAUUGAUAAACCUGACCCUACUGACCCCUCUUCUACUCCUUCCGAUAUCGAUAUAUACAUUCGUGCACGAGAGCGAGGUGUUAUCACAUUGAAAACUGGUACUGAUCUUGGCAAUGCCGAAGGCUCAGCCUAUGGAAAUGCACAAUGGCGUAACAUAUUCGGGGGUGCUGAGACCUUAAAUGUCAACGCUGCUACUGGUACUCGAACUCGUUCUGCGUAUCAAGCUACAUUCGAGGCUCCAAUUUUGAGUGAUCCCGAUAAAAGAAUAGCUGUGGAUGUUUUGUCGAGCGCGACUAGUAAGCCCUGGGCAAGUCACGAAGAAGUCCUUAAGGGCGGGGGUAUAAAAUAUAGUUGGGCUUCAGGCGGUGGCAGCACACAUCAAAUUGGAUACAGUGGAGUGUGGAGACAAGUGACGGGAUUGGCUGGAAAUGCGUCACCUACGGUACGCAACGAUGCAGGAGAUACAGUCAAGAGCAGUAUUUCACAUAUCUGGCUUAAAGACGAACGGAAUCACCCUAUACUACCAAACCAAGGAUAUCUUCUAAAGUCAACAUCUGAAAUUGCAGGUUGGGGACCACUAAAAGGAGACGUGGGAUUCUGGAAAUCGGAAGUCGAAUCUAGUGGGGCUGUCAAAGUUCCUGGGAUCCCUGGUGCAAGCUUGACCGCUGGUAUCAGAGCAGGAAUGUUGUAUCCGUUAGGCGUUGGAUUCGGUACUGCAGCCAAGCCAUCACGCAUAAACGAUAGAUUUCAACUCGGAGGACCAACGGAUGUUCGUGGAUUUAAGAUUGGCGGCCUUGGACCUCGAGACAGACAAGAUGCAGUUGGAGGAGACGUCUACGCAGCUUCAUCUGUCAACCUUCUUCUUCCAUUUCCCCGCGUCGACGUGUCAACCCCACUGCGCCUCCAGUUAUUCGCCAAUGCCGGCCGUCUCCUUGCACUUAAAAACUCAGAAAAGAAUACAAGUAACAGCGUAUAUGGCACAGUCGCAGAACUCGGUAAGGAGAUCCCAAGCUUGGCGGUCGGAAUAGGAAUGGUGUAUGCACACCCCGUGGCACGAUUUGAAUUAAACUUCGGUCUACCCAUCGUUGUUAGAAAGGGAGAGGAAACUAGAAAGGGCCUCCAAUUCGGACCCUUUGAAAGUUUUAAACAUACUCCAUUUUUCACGAUGGCUUCAAUUGCGAAAUUCGGCUCCGCUCUAGAGUCUUCCUCCUACCAAAGUCCCGAUGGCGGUUCUGCUUACGCACCUCUUCGUAAGAAAGCGGUCGAGGAAGCCAUCGCAAUGGGGUACAAUCCGGCAACCAUGGUUGAAUGUGGAGUGACUUGGGCCGAUGAUCACGAUCCAUUCCAGCACGUGAAGAACGCAGCUUACGUGCAUUAUGUGAACCAAUGCGCAUUUCGCGAAUUCCAAUCAUUCGAACCGUAUUUGGGCAAAGAGAAAUUUCAGGAUAUGCUCAAGGUCCGCGGUGUUGGACCUGUUGUCAAGAACUAUACAGUCAAUUUCAAAAGGCCUGUGAAAUUCCCAGAUUCGCUUAUUGUCGCGAAUCAUAUUACUGAAGUUUUCCCAGAUCGUUACUUUGGUACUACCUCUGUUUGGUCUUUGAAUCAGCAAGUUAUUGUUGCGGAUUUCAGAAUAUGCAUAGUGUUUUUUGAUUAUGAUCGAGGUGUACCAGCCAAUCUUCUUGAAAUUGGCGGUGUAUACAAGAAUUUAUAUGAGGCUCUGAAGCAACGAUUAGAAAUGGAAGCGAAAAUAGCUUUAAUUUGGGAGAAGGAGCAUCCCAAGAGAUCGAAAGCCAUGCUGUAA